AUUCCGCUGAGCUUCCCCCUGGAAGAAGCAUUUAUUGAAGAAUCCAUUCAGAGACGAGAGAGGCAAGGGGCAUGCUGGCAUGCGGUUAUUAGAGCCCCGCACGCCUGCGAGCUGCCGUUUGGACGAGCCGUUGACGGCUGCUCUGAUUAGCUGAUUCGAGAACUUGGAAUGCAGAGUGAUAAUGCUGCCUGUCGGCUCUCAGACAGCAGAAAAGGGUUUUGUCUUGGGAAGGCAAGCCUUCCCUGCAAUAUCAUCGCCGCCGCUGCCUGGCUGCUCGCCCUGAAAAGGAGUGACCCAAGAGGAGGGUGUCACCGUCUGCAAACAGCGGUCCUGUGCCUGGCUGCUGCCUAUGAGCCGCGGGGCUGAAGAAGCAGGUGUGUGCUCGGAUGGGCACGGGGCUGGGAGGCAGGCGGCCGCUCUCGGGUGUACCUGCUUCCCUUAACAGAUUGUUGGCUCCCAGAGCUCUGCCUACCCGCUGAGGCCGAGGCUGAGAAGGUCCCUGUGUAGCCACUGGACGGACAGAGACACUUGGAUUGGACUUAAUCUUAAACCUCUGGAGUUCAAGACCUUUUAAAAAGGGCUAAAUAAACAAUCUCUACAUGUAAAAGGCCACUGACUCCUACUUCCUCUGUUGAGAGCAACUGUUGAACCCCAGCUGCCUGUAGGAAAACUGAAGACUUUAAUAGCAAACCCUCCAAGGUCAAAAUGAAUACAGAUAGCGGUGGGUGUGCUCGCAAACGUGCUGCCAUGUCUGUUACAAUAACAUCUGUGAAGAGAGUUCAGAGUUCUCCAAACCUAUUGACUGCAGGGCGUGAUUCUCAGUCACCAGACUCAGCUUGGAGAUCUUACAAUGAUCGAAAUCAAGAGACACUGAACGGAGAUGCUACAUAUUCCUCUCUUGCAGCAAAAGGUUUUAGAAGCGUUCGACCAAACUUACAAGAAAAAAAGUCACCAACUCAGAGCCAGAUAACAGUGAAUGGAAACUCUGGAGGUGCUGUGAGUCCAAUGAGUUACUAUCAAAGGCCGUUUUCCCCUUCAGCUUACUCUCUCCCAGGCUCGCUCAAUUCAAGCAUUAUCAUGCAGCAUGGCCGCUCACUGGACUCCGCAGAGUCGUAUCCCCAGCACGCGCAGUCCCUGGACGGCACGAUGGGCAGCUCCAUCCCACUGUACAGGUCCUCGGAGGAGGAGAAGAGGGUGACGGUCAUCAAAGCCCCGCACUACCCGGGGAUCGGGCCCGUGGAUGAAUCCGGAAUCCCCACAGCAAUUAGAACGACAGUUGACAGACCAAAGGACUGGUACAAGACAAUGUUUAAGCAAAUUCACAUGGUGCACAAACCAGAUGAUGACACAGACAUGUAUAAUACUCCUUAUACAUAUAAUGCAGGCCUGUACAACUCACCCUACAGCGCUCAGUCACAUCCUGCGGCAAAGACCCAGACCUACAGACCCCUCUCCAAAAGUCACUCGGACAAUGGCACUGAUGGCUUUAAGGAUGCCUCCUCCCCUGUCCCUCCCCCACAUGUUCCUCCUCCGGUCCCACCACUUCGGCCAAGAGAUCGAUCUUCAACAGAAAAGCAUGACUGGGAUCCUCCAGAUAGAAAAGUGGACACAAGAAAAUUUCGUUCUGAGCCAAGGAGUAUUUUUGAAUAUGAACCCGGGAAGUCAUCCAUUCUCCAGCAUGAAAGACCACCCCCUCUCCCAACAACUCUGACACCUGUUCCAAAAGAACCUGGUCGGAAGCCUCUUUCUGUUUCAAGAGACGGAGAAGUAACGGGUAGCCCCUCCCCUCUGCCCAGGACUGGCCUCCCCAUACCAAGCCCGUGCACUCCGACUCUUUCCCCCACCUUGACUGAUCGCAUAAAUCCAGAUGACAUAGAUUUAGAAAAUGAGCCCUGGUAUAAAUUCUUUUCAGAACUGGAGUUUGGACGCCCGCCCCCUAAAAAGGCUCUGGACUAUGUUCGAGAUCAUUCUUCUGGUGUUUCCAAUGAGGCCUCCCUGUAUCAAUCCUCUAUAGACAGAAGCCUGGAAAGACCUACUAGUUCUGCGAGCAUGGCCAGUGACUUUAGGAAAAGGAGGAAGAGCGAGCCUGCGGUGGGGCAGCCCAGGGGCUUGGAUCCGAGUGCGAGCAGGACCAGCCCGGGGCGAGCGGACCUCCCGGGACCAGGCGGCCCCGUGACAAAGUCUUUCAUCAGUUCUUCUCCUCCUUCCCCCUCAAGAGCAAAAGGUGGGGAUGAUAUAUGUCCGUCCCUUUACAGUUACUCAGGGCUCAACGGCAACCCCUCCAAUGAGUUAGAUUACUGUAACGCUUACAGACAGCAUUUGGAUGUCCCUCGUGACUCACAGAGGGCCAUUACUUUCAAGAACGGCUGGCAGAUGGCCCGACAGAAUGCAGAGGUCUGGAGCAGCACUGAGGAAACGGUGUCCCCCAAAAUCAAAUCCCGCAGCUGUGACGAUCUCCUAAACGACGACUGCGAUAGCUUCCCCGACCCCAAGACCAAGUCAGAGAGUAUGGGUUCUCUGUUAUGUGAAGAGGACUCCAAGGACAGCUGUUCUAUAGCGUGGGCCUCCCCCUACAUCCAGGAGGGUCGGAGUAACGGCAGGUCAAGGCUCCGGCACAGGUCAGCCCACAACGCCCCGGGGUUCCUCAAAAUGUACAGGAAAAUGCAUCGCAUUAACCGCAAGGAUUUGAUGGCGUCCGAGGUGAUCUGCUCCGUCAAGUCGAGGAUAAUGCAGUACGAGAAGGAGCAGCAGCACAAGGGCUUGCUGCACGGAUGGAGCCAGUCCUCCACCGAGGAGGUGCCCAGGGACAUGGUCCCCACCCGCAUUUCUGAAUUCGAAAAGCUGAUUCAAAAGUCCAAGUCCAUGCCCAAUUUAGGAGACGAAAUGUUAUCUCCCAUCAGCCUAGAAGCUCAACAAAAUGGUUUAUGUCCCAAGAGGCGAUUUUCCAUUGAGUCUUUGCUGGAGGAAGAAGGUCAGAGCAGACACGCUUCGCAUAUGCAGCGGAGCUACGAGCCCCAAGCCCUGGUACCGAUUCAUAUCGAGGUCACCAGUGACGAGCAGCCCAGAGCACACGUGGAGUUCUCCGAUAGCGACCAGGACGGUGUCGUGUCUGACCACAGUGAUUACAUUCACGUUGAAGGAUCGUCCUUCUGCAGCGAGAGCGACUUCGAUCACUUUUCUUUCACGUCCUCUGAAAGCUUCUACGGGUCCAGCCACCAUCACCACCAUCACCACCAUCACCAUCACCGACACCUGAUCAGCUCCUGCAAAGGCAGAUGCCCGGCCUCCUACACCCGGUUCACCACGAUGCUGAAACACGAAAGAGCCAAACACGAGAACACCGAAGAGCCCAGAAGACAAGAAAUGGACCCUGGGCUCUCUAAGCUUGCAUUUCUGGUCAGUCCCGUGCCUUUCCGGAGGAAAAAAAAUUCAACGCCCAAAAAACAGACUGAAAAGGCAAAAUGUAAAGCUUCUGUAUUUGAGGCUCUGGACUCUGCCCUUAAAGACAUUUGUGACCAGAUUAAAGCUGAAAAGAGAAGGGGAAGUUUGCCGGACAACAGCAUCCUGCACCGUCUCAUCAGUGAGCUUCUGCCAGAUAUCCCCGAGAGGAACUCGUCACUUAGAGCUCUGAGAAGGAGCCCCAUGCACCAGCCUUUCCACCCACUGCCUCAAGACGGUGCUAUGCAUCGUCCGUUGUACCAGAAUGAUUGUGGGAGAAUGCCUCACAGUGCCUCUUUCCAAGACAUGGACACCACCACCGCCAACUACCGUCACCAAGACCAUGACAGUGCACGGAGUCUCCAAGACCACGAGUCCCCUAGAAGUUAUGCAUCCACCAUGACUGACCUGGGGAGAAGCGCACCUCGGGAAAGAAGAGGAACUCCGGAAAAAGAGAAAUUGCCUGCAAAAGCUGUUUAUGAUUUUAAAGCUCAGACAUCUAAGGAGCUGUCAUUUAAGAAAGGAGAUACUGUCUACAUCCUCAGGAAAAUAGAUCAAAAUUGGUAUGAGGGAGAGCACCAUGGCAGAGUGGGCAUUUUCCCAAUCUCCUACGUCGAGAAACUCAUACCUCCCGAAAAAGCACAGCCUGCAAGACCCCCUCCGCCAGCGCAGCCUGGAGAAAUCGGAGAAGCUUUGGCCAAAUAUAAUUUCAGCGCUGACACAAAUGUGGAGCUAUCGCUGAGAAAGGGAGAUAGAGUUAUUCUUCUUAAAAGAGUUGAUCAAAACUGGUAUGAAGGUAAAAUUCCAGGAACCAGCAGACAAGGCAUCUUCCCUGUUUCCUAUGUAGAAGUUGUCAAGAAGAAUCUGACCGCAGGUGCUGACGAUUAUCCCGACCCUCCAAUCCCCCACAGCUACUCUAGUGAUAGAAUCCACAGCUUAAGUUCCAAUAAGUUGGCUUCCAGGGAACCAGCCCCUGCUCCCAUGCACAAAGCUUCACCUGGCUCAGAUAAAACAGCCCCUGGGUGGCUGUCCCUGACAGCCAUAUGUCCACCGGCAAAUCCUUUGACCCCAACGCCACCUCCUUUUCUGGACAGCUUCUUGGAUGAAUUAGAGAAGCUUGGUGCUUUCACCUUAUCAGCUGACCAAGCCAAACCAAGUAUCCUAGAGGAAAUCCUUGAAAUCAAGGAGGAGCCCUCAGUACUCCUCCCGAAGCCUCCAGCUUCUGGACCUGCCAAGCCAGCUUCCUCUCUGCUACCUGUCCCCUGCUCAGGGGUGACCUUGGCUGCACUCCAGCCUUAUGAGGCCAAAACACUGCAGGAUUCCAGUAAGACAACUCAGAACAAGUUUGCCAAUCUGACAAAAAUGGGAAAGGGCUUUGGAGGCCCCGAGAAAGUACCCAAAGUUCUAGGUGAUAAGUUUGUGGCCUCUGCACACACGAAUUUGGGUCCCUUGCCCCAAUGUCUCCCUGUCAUUGGAGAGGAAGAUGAGGAUAUCUGUGAGGUGUUUAUGUCAGGUAUCCAAGGAGGGCCAGAAUCUCAGGAAUCAGGGGUCCUGUGGUGUGCCCAUGAUGGCCCAGAGGCCACACCAAGCCUGCACAUUGAAGAGGAGGAAGAGGAGAGGAAACCAGCCUGCUUAAAAUAUCCUGUAGCCACCCCCACAGAUCCUAGGACCCCUAAGGAAGACAGCAAUGCAGCGAAGACCAGUAAUGAGCUGCCUUCACCCUCUCCGGGAGAUGGAAAGUCUACACCUUUUCCCAGCUGUCUCCUUCCCUCCCUUCCUUUUCAUUCUCCCUCCACCUCUGUCUCUGACCUGAACUCCACAUUUUCUCAGACUCCCCAGCCCUACUUCCCUCCCCUCCUCCCCAAAUACCCUUACCAACAGGAGAUAAAUUCACCAAAACUAAAGGCUGACCUAAAAAGUGAGAUAUUUGUCUUGGGUAAGCCUCCUCGUAGCCCAGUGAUGUCUAGGAGAUCCUGCGGCUCGCCUGUCAGAGGGCUCAGCAGUUCCCACAGGCCACAGCGUCCUGUGUUUACUCAUGAAAACAUUCAAGGUGGGGGGGAACCGUUUCAGGCUCUGUAUAACUAUACUCCUAGGAAUGAAGAUGAGCUGGAGCUCAGAGAAAGUGACGUCAUUGAUGUGAUGGAGAAGUGUGACGAUGGAUGGUUUGUGGGAACUUCAAGAAGAACCAAAUUCUUUGGUACUUUUCCCGGAAACUAUGUCAAGAGGCUGUGAAUCGCUGUCUCCCUACAUUUCAAGUCCCAUUUCAGCACCACAUCUGCAGACCCUUGCCUGAAAGAGCCCCCUCAGCGCCCCCC